AUGGCAAACAGAAAAUUAUUUGUCACUUUUCUCUUUGCCAUCUUCGUCUUCUUUGGUGCAGAAAAUUCAGUUUCUUGCUCGUCACGCAACAUUUCAGUGUUGUCGGAGCAGCCCUCUAGAGGAAUCAAGGGAGCAUAUUGGCCGUCAUGGAUUGCGGAAAAGCUUCCUCCAUCAAGCAUACCAACUUCCCUUUUCACUCGGCUUUAUUACGCAUUCGUUCCCCUUGAUUCCACCACAUUUCAGCUUAAUGUAACCAAACCAGACGAUCAUUGGAUGACUAAUUUCACAGCCACAUUUCGCGGGAAAAUCCGGCCGGAUGUAAAGACCUUCUUAACCAUCGGAGGAGGAGGAGCAAGUCCAAACACUUUCUCUAACAUGGUGAGCGAGCCUGGUAAUCGAAAUGCAUUCAUCCGUUCCACCAUAAAAGUCGCGAGAAAAUACGGAUUCGAUGGUCUCGAUCUUGAUUGGGAGUUUCCAAUGAACCAACAAGACAUGACCAACCUCGCAUCCCUUUUCAGAGAAUGGCGCCGCGCUUUAGAAAAAGAGUCUCAGGUUUCAGGUAAACCUCGACUCCUGAUAUCUGCAGCCGUGUACUUUGCUGCAGAAUUACACCUAGCUCAGAUAUCAUAUUCUUAUCCCAGCGGUUCCAUCGAGGAAUACGUCGAUUCCAUAAACCCCAUGUGCUUCGACUACCAUGGAGGUUGGAACACUUCAGUAACCGGUGCUCACGCGCUGCUUUACGACAAAUCAAGCAAUGUGAGCACUAGUUACGGAAUUUCUUCGUGGAAAAACAAUGGUGUACCUUCGAAGAAACUAAUCAUGGGAAUGCCAAUGUACGGGAGGACAUGGAAACUGAAGAACUCGAGAAAUCACGGAAUCGGAGCUCCUGCAAAAGGGGUUGGCCCUGGAAAUGGAGGAAUCAUGCAAUAUAAGGAUAUAGUUAGCUUCAAUAAGGCAAAUAAAGCUACAGUGGUAUAUGACAGUACAACAGGAUCAACCUACUCCUAUGUUGGAACUAACUGGAUUGGAUAUGAUGAUAGUAGAUCAAUCAUACAGAAAGUUAAAUUUGCCAAGGAUCAAGGUCUUGGAGGUUAUUUCUUCUGGGCACUUGGGGAUGAUGAGAACUGGACUCUUGCCAAAGCAGCUGCAGCGGCAUGGGAUAACAACUCUGAUUGA